UUGUGAUUUUAUUGUCAAUUUAUAUCCCGAUAUUAUUUUGAAAGCACAUACUCAGAAAAAUGUUGUUACAAAGGUUAUCUAGUAUUUUCCGAUGCAAACAGCAACCAGUUUUUACAUACUUACGACCGUUUCGUGCUCGGUUAUACGCAUCCUCUUCUAUCAGUAGCACAACAAUUGCACCGGAAGACCCAAUAGAAGAUGAACAACAACCGAUAACUUUUAUAGACGACGAAAACCUGCAAGCUGACAGGGAAGCUCAAAUUGAAAAACUACGUAACAAAUCUCGUUUGUUACCCCAGCACCGUAACAUGUUGCACGGUCAACUUCCAUACGAAGAGUCUCAGUCUUGGAUCCACGAUACGGUUAAGUACAAACGCAUGAUGCUGGGUCGAUACGGUACUGAGGGUAGUAAAGUGGAUCCACGAAUAUCUUUUCCAACAAAACGAGAAAUGUUGGAAAAAUCUGAGUACGAAAGGGUGGCAUUUCCCUUUUCCCUGCAAGAAAUGAUGGUUGCUAAUCAGAAGGCCAGGAAUGAUAAAACUGCUCGCAUCCGAGCUCGCGAAGUCGAUAUUGCCAAAAAAAUAGAAAAACUUGACCAAUGGACGGCGGAUUUGAAUGCUCGUAUUGCUAAGAAAGAAGCUGAUGCGAAAGCAGCCAAAGAGCGCAAGGAGAGAUUAGUAGAAGAAGUUCGGCGUCACUUUGGAUUCAAGGUUGAUCCAAGGGAGGAGCGCUUCCAAGAAAUGCUAGCGCAGAAGGAGAAAGAAGAUCGUAAGAAAGUAAAGGAAGCCAAGCGAAAGGAAAAAGAAGAAAAAAUGAUGGAAAAAUUGAAGAAACGUACCGAGGAUAUACAGAAUGAUGAAAAAAAUGAUUGAAGAACAAGUAAAAUUUAAUCAGUUUUUGAGUCAGUAUCUUCUUUAUUUAAAGCUUCCUACAGGUUAAAUAGAUUGCAAUAGUAAAUUUUUCUUAGUAUUUGGUUCAACGUUGCCCUUCAGGAUUUGUGGCUCCCGAAAUAAGCACCAAAAUCACUACAGGAACUAUGUACAUCCACUAGAAUAAAAUAUGUUAAAUUUUCAAAGUAAAAUUUAAAA